UUGUCAGGCGUCGGUAUCCCAUUACAGUUGCGAUCGCAUGUAAUCAGAUCAUGGGAGAAAUGUGCAAGCGACCAAGAAUUUAAGAAAACCCAACUUAUUCUUGCGGGUAAAUGUAUAGCAGAUCUCUUCGACUGUGACGAGAAUAUUCACACGACGUUGCUGAGAAAAUACUGCUCGGAUAUUGUAUGCGUCUUCGAGCAGUUGUCGUUGUUGGAUGAUGCCAGUUUGUCUAAGACCUAUGAGAGAAUUAUGGGCAUGGUUGACCCACAGCUUUUGGUCUGCACUUACCUGAGUCUUCUGAAGCCGAGAGGUGGCGUAAUGCCUCCGAAAAAGUUCGUAUUGUCCAUCGGUUCGCGACUUACAAAUACUCUGAUGGCGAAAGGUGGUCUUGGAGUUACGCUGUCAUCGUAUGAAGAGAUCAGUCAGUGCGCCACUUCGUUGGGUGAAAUUACUGAUUUUCGAUUUUGA